UCCAUUGUGAAUCAGAGAAUGCCAUAAUGCAAAUUGAAAAUGAACUAUGUAGAAAAGCGGAAAAUUUAGCCUUAGAAGAAAAUGAAACAGUAGGUGAAAAUACGAUAGAAGAAGUAGAAGAAGAACAAUAUAUUAAUCCGUUAGUGUUAAACGAAAAUGAUGAUGAAUUACAGUCAGUUGAAGACGUUAAUGAAGAGUUCAUGGAUGAAAAUAUGGAAAUGGGAGAAGAAGGUGAAGAAGAGGACUUAUCGAUAGAUCUUAAAGAUGAACCUGAAGAAGAAAAAGAAUCACAUAAAGUAAAAAAAAAAGUAUCCGAAGAGUCCUUUUUAAGUUUGCCAGUGACAAAAUAUUGUAGUGUGGUGAAACUUAAAAACAAAUUCAAUUUUUUUGACAGAGUUUCACAAACUAAAAAAAUUCUUAUGAGGAAUAAAGAAACUCAAACCCCUAUAACCAAAAAAUUUGAGUUUGCUGCGUUUGUAUCAUUAUCUGAUAUUUAUGAUACUUACGAAGUCGAUUAUGCGAUACAAAAGGAAGAAAAAGACAAAGAACUAAGAGAGAAAUUGGCCGCACAUAUGGGAAAGAAAAAAAUUAAACCUCGUAAAAAAAUGCGCAUUGAAAACGAUGAAAUUAAACAUGAAUUGUUGAAGGUAUCUAAGAUUGUUGAAAAAAUCAUAAGUUUAAAUGAUACGGAUGCAAUAGCACAAGAUUUUCGAUAUUAUGAGGAUCCGUCAGAUCAAUUCAGGAACAGAGGAGAAGGGACUUUAAUGUUAAUGUGGACCAUGGUAUAUGAAAAAGAAAAAAAAUUAAUUGUUACUGAUAUAGCCUGGAGUCCUGAUUAUUUUGAUAUGUUUGGUAUAACGCUCAGCAUUCCACAGAGUGACUUACCAUUUACCGACAAUCCAGACAUUGGUAACGUAUGCUUGUGGGCUUUAAAGAAUCCGUCGUACCCAGAUUAUGUGGCUCAUACACAAUCCGGAGCCAUGUGUUUGAGUUUUCAUCAAGAUUAUGGUAACAUCCUUGCCGUUGGUUUGCGUGACGGCAAUGUGGCCGUAUACAACGUGAGCUUACUGAAAAACGAACCAGAAUACUCGACAAACUUAACGCGUACCAAACUCAUGGCUAGCGUAAUGCAGGUAGUCUGGUGUAAGAAUUUACCUACCGGCGAGUUAAACUUCUUCUCUGUAUCCGAGGAUGGUAUGGUCUGCCAAUGGUUAUUGUUGCAAAAUGAAUUGAAUAAAAUCAUUAAAAUGUCUUUAGUCAUAGAUAUGUAUCCAGAAAUCGAGCUUGGUGGUAUCAAACAACCUUAUUAUGCCAGGGGCACGACGAUUACGUUUAAUCCCGCAAAUCCCCAAUUAUACUUAGUUGGAACGGUUGAAGGUUAUAUAUUUAAAUGUAGUACGGGAUGGACUAAUUAUGUUCAGAGAUUUAAAGCUCACGAAAUGCCGGUAAACCGAAUCGAUUUCAACAAAUUUGAUUCAAAUAUAUACCUUACGUGUAGUGAAGACUUUGUAGUUAAAUUGUGGGAAGACAAAUCCGAAGCUCCGUUGAUAAUCUUUGAUCUACAAACGGGUUUGACAGACUUGCGUUGGUCACCGUUCUCUGGUUCAGUAUUUGGUAUUACUACUGUGGACUGUCGUGUCAUUUUUUACGAUUUGGACAUAAGCACUAAAAAAUCCGUUUGUGAUCAGCUCAUUCAUCCCACAGAACAAUAUCGGCUGGUUCGAUUAGCUUUUGACAAACGAGUACCUAUGAUUGUGGUUGGAAGUUCAAUGUGUACUAUUGCUACGUAUAAAUUGUCACCAAACCUUCGUACAAUUAUGAAAUCUCCAAAGAAAGGAGUUCAAAUUCCUACAGAAACAUUGGAGUUUGAAAAAUUACAUGCAGUGUUGAAUACUAUCAGAGAAUAA